AGGGAGGAGGGGGUCCAGUUUCCAUCUCUCACCACAGGAAGUCUGUGGUUUAAAUGCAAGUCUGACUAUCCUCUCACAGGCUGCUGGUGUGUGAGUGUGUGCAGAACAUACAGCAGCAUGGUCAGCUGUGUGGAGCAUCCUGCCGGGGGCUACAGGAAGAUGUUUGAGACGGUGGAGGAGCUGAACGAACCGAUACCUGCUCAGAUAACUGGUGUCAUCCCGCCCUGGCUGGGCGGCAGCCUCCUCAGGAUGGGUCCAGGUCUUUUCGAGGUGGGAGCUGAGCCUUUCCACCACCUGUUCGAUGGCCAGGCUGUCUUGCACAAGUUUGACCUGAAGGACAGUCGGGUGACCUAUUACAGGAAGUUCAUCAGGACGGAUGCAUACGUCCGUGCCAUGACAGAGAACAGAGUGGUCAUCACUGAGUUUGGAACAGCAGCAUACCCGGACCCCUGCAAAAACAUCUUCUCCAGGUUCUUUACCUACUUCAGAGGGAUUGAGGUGACUGAUAACUGCAUAGUGAACAUCUAUCCAAUCGGAGAAGACUUCUACGCUGUCACAGAGACCAAUUACAUCACUAAGGUUGAUCCAGAUUCACUGGAGACCUUGAAGAAGGUGGACCUGUGUAAGUACCUCUCAGUGAACGGGGUGACUGCCCACCCCCACAUCGACACAGAUGGUACGGUCUAUAACAUCGGCAACUGCUUUGGCAAAAACAUGAGUCUGGCUUAUAAUAUCGUCAAGAUCCCACCUGCUCAGAAAGACAAGUCAGAUCCCUUCGAGAAAUCGCAGGUUGUAGUUCAGUUCCCCAGCAGUGAGAGGUUAAAACCCUCCUACGUCCACAGUUUCGGUAUGACCGAUAAUUAUUUUGUGUUUGUGGAGCAGCCAGUGAAGAUCAAUCUGCUGAAGUUCCUGUCGGGUUGGAGCAUCAGAGGAGCCACAUACAUGGACUGCUUUGAAUCUAAUGAGACUAUGGGGACAUGGUUCCACCUGGCCACUAAGGACUCAGGAGGUUAUCUGAGCAGCCACAAGUUCCGAACGUCAGCUUUCAACGUCUUUCACCACAUAAACACCUAUGAGGAUGAGGGCUUCAUCGUUGUAGACCUCUGCACCUGGAAAGGGCAUGACUUUGUGUAUAACUACUUGUACCUCGCCAACAUGAGGGAGGAGUGGGACGAAUUGAAGAAAGCAGCGAUGAGGGCUCCUCAGCCCGAGGUCAGGCGAUACGUCCUGCCGCUGGAUAUGCACAGGGAGGAUCAGGGAAAGAACCUGGUGUCUCUGUCCUACACUACAGCAACCGCUGUUCUUCACACUGAUGGCACCAUUUGGCUGGAACCUGAAGUCCUCUUUUCUGCACCCAGACAGGCCUUUGAGUUUCCACAGAUUAACUACUCUCUGUGUCGUGGAAAGAAGUAUUCCUUUGCCUACGGCCUCGGACUCAACCACUUCAUCCCCGACAAGAUUGUCAAGCUGAACGUGCAGACCAAACAGACCUGUGUGUGGCAGGAGGAAGAGUGCUACCCAUCAGAGCCGCUGUUCGUCCCAACACCUGGAGCUACAGCGGAGGACGACGGUGUGCUGCUGAGUAUCGUGGUGAGGCCGGGUGCAGAGAGACCAAGCUUCCUGCUGGUGCUGGAUGCCAUGAAACUGACGGAGCUGGCCCGGGCAGAGGUCGACACCAUCAUCCCCGUGACCCUCCAUGGCAUGUACAAACCAUGACCGUGUGCUGACACUUCAGGAGAUACAACACACUCACUGUCCCGCAAGACAACUAGACUUAGUUUGCAGAUGAAGUCAUAGUCUUCUAGCUGUAGGAAAGAGAUGUGACAUUUUGUAUUACAGGGAGAACAUAUGACUGGAAUAUGAUAUAAGAAAUGCAAAGAUUUUUUUUUUUUUUUUUUAAAAAUGUGUUGUUAAAUAGAUGCUCAAUGUGACUAAAAUGUUCUUUCAUUUCAGUUGGACAGAACUGACCAGUUUCUUAUAGCCAGUGGAGAAAAAAACAUUAGAUGUUUACAGAGAUAUAAUGACCUGUUGCACAAGUUUACUUCACACAGUUUAUUCUGCUUUUGUUGCAUUGAGAAUAUUUAGUUUCAUUAUUAAAAUAGAACCUGCACAUUUGUGAAAUCGUCCUAGUUAGGCAAAGACAAUAAAAUAAAAACAAUAUUUUUGCAAAAGUCAUUCUAUUUUUAAAGGUAUUUACUAGGUUAAAUCCACUAUUAAAAAUAUCUAUUUUUCUCUUCUUUUAUACAAAUAAAUCUGCUACAUAACAAUGAUCAGUUUAUACUGUGUGAUUAUUACCUGUUACAGUGUGACAGUUGACAUUACUGUAAAACAACCACGACUC